AUGCAUGGAACAACUGCGUGGAUACAGCCGUUCCAACGUAUCUCCAAUCUUCUAAACACCGCAAAAGCGACAAGCGGUCCCGAAGCGCGCCCAAAGGGGACGGGGCCGGGUGCGAAGGAGUCCGAACUUCGGACGAAGGAGUCAGAGUUGCGGCGUCGCCAAAGCUCGGACGGUGCUCGAGUGUGCGUUCCGUUCGGCGACGGCGUGUUCCAGGUGAGGCUGCUAAUCGUCACAGCGGUCGCCGGCAGCAUCGCGCUCACCCAGGCAAGCCUCUUCAGAAGUUCGAUGCUCGAAUUAGACCACUGGUGCGCGCGGCCACCCGGCUUCUCCAACACGAGUGCGGACGCGUGGAAAGCGCUGGCUAUUCCGCGGGACGCCGACGGGAACUACAGCCGCUGCACGGUGCGAGAACCGCCCGACGCAGGCGCAUCGGCUCAGGUCGUGCCCUGCGCCGCCUGGGAGUUCAACCUGAGUGACCAUGGCAACACCGUCGUCAGCGAAUGGAACCUCGUGUGCCAACGGAGCUGGCUGAACAACGUCGCCCACGUGGUCGUUUUCUGCGCGAACGUCCUUUCGCUGCCGCUGAUGGGCAUGGCGGCGGACAGAGCGGGGCGUAAAACAGUCACCUUCGUGGCGAUCACGGGACUGCUGCUGACGGUCGGUGUUAGCAGCAUGGCACGCGACUUUCAGACGUUCGUCGUGACACAGGCUGCGGUCUCGGUGCUGUCGAAGUUCAUGGUGGUGCUGUACGUUCUCCUGUACGAAGUCUCAACGGCAUCCCGCCGGCUGCUCUACUGCUUCGUCGCGCCGGCGCUUUCAAGCGUCUUCGCGCCGGUACUGCUGUUCUUCGUGGGCUCGUACCAGCUCGACUGGUCCUUGUCGCAGCUUGUUGUCGCCACGCUCGCCUUGCUGCUCCUGGCCAGCUUCUACGUGGUUGAGGAAUCGCCCACCUGGCUCCUGGCCACCCACAAUAUCGGUGAAGCCGAAAGAGUCGUCCGCCGGGCGUGCUGCGUCAACAAUGUGUCGCAGAGUGACGGUCGCAGACAGUUCCGCUGCGAGAUUGAGAGCUACAGGCGAGAUCAGGGCGACUUGCCGUCCGAUGACAGCGUGGGUGUCUUCCGUUCGGUGUGGCUGAGAGAACGAACGUUCAUACUCGUCUUCGUCUGGCUUGUCCUGAGCUGGGCCUACAGUCACCACGUGGAAGAACGCGGUUUGACCAGCGACAGCUACGUACGUAGCGCCACACUCCUCGGCCUGGGUCCCAUGUUCGUCGUCGUCUGGCCGGUCCUCGAAUUCGACGGGGGAGUUAAGCGAGCCGUAGCGAUCUCCGCCUUGGUCUUCGCCGCUUCGUCGGCCGUCGCCUUCGCCGCGCACACAGGCGAAGCCUCGCCAUUGGAAAACGUCCUACUCGUUUUGAUGCGUUUCUCCCUGACCCUUCCGGUCACGUUCUUGUUUUUUCUCACCAUCAGCCUGUACCCGGCGAUACUGCGGUGCGAGGCUGGCCUCCUUGGUUACGCCUGCGCCAUCGUAGGCGACAACGCGGGUUACAUAGCGUUCACGCGCCUGUUAGGACGGCGACAGGACGUGGCCCUUGCAAUACAAUCCGUGCUGACGGCGCUUGCUGCUGUCGCCGUCGCGUAUCUGCCGCCGGAUGACCGACACGACACUUCCUGGAGACGAUCCCUCGCGGCGCUGUGGAGGAAGUCGAGCACCGCUAGCACCAGACAAGCCAGCGGAGGUGCUGUAUUUGAACGGCCAGCGCUGCCCGAUCCAAUGCCCGAACAGUUCUCUAUUCGUGCCGGCAUGUUGAACAGAGGCCAGUAG